UCUUUGAAAUUCAGGAGGUGUGCACCAGCAACAGUGGAGCGACGAGCCUUCUCCUACGAAGUUAGUUUCAUUUUUACCGCCGGGCACCGUCCCAUAAACUGCUUUGGCCAAGUAUGGCUAACCGGAAUGUGCACCAGGCGACUAUGCAAAGCGGCAGUUCUCCUCCACCGGUGAAAAGCGGGAGCGAAUCCCCGGCCGCUCCGUCACCGGCGAACAAAGACAGCCCGCCGCAGCAGCAGCAGCAGUCCCCCGCGGCCGAGGGAGCCGAAGGAGCCGGGGGAGAAGGAGAAGGAGUCGAAGAGGGACGGGAGGAAAUGACCUUGGAUAUCAAGAGUUUUCGGAAGCCCGGCGAGAAGACGUUCACGCAGCGCUCACGUCUUUUCAUCGGAAACCUCCCGGCGGACAUCCCGGAGGAGGAGCUGAGGAACAUGUUCGCCAAGUACGGGAACAUCGGCGAGGUUUUCAUCAACAGGGACCGGGGGUUCGGCUUUAUCCGCUUGGAGACCCGCACGCUGGCAGAGAUUGCAAAGGCCGAGCUGGACGGGAGUGUUCUGAAGAAUCGACAGAUCAGGGUCAGCUUUGCCACGCAUACCGCCGCCCUCACAGUGCGCAACCUGUUGCCUUCGGUAACAAACGAGCUGCUGGAACAGGCGUUUUCCGAGUUCGGGCUGGUGGAACGGGCUGUCGUCGUGACUGACGACCGCGGCCGCCCCACCGGGAGAGGCAUCGUGGAGUUGGCGAACAAAGCAGCUGCGCGCAAAGCCCUGGAGCGCUGCACGGAGGGAGCGCUGCUGCUGACCACGACGCCGUGUCCGGCCAUCGUGGAGCUUUCGGAGCACUUCGAUAACGAGGACGGACAGCCUGAAAAGUCACUGCAGAAGUCUGCUGCGUACUAUAAGGAACGAGAGCAGAAGCCCCAUUUUGCUCAGCCGGGGACGUUUGAGUUUGAGUAUUCGUCUCGCUGGAGAGCUCUUCAUGAGAUGGAGAAACAGCAAAGAGAGCAGGUGGACAAGAACAUCAAGGAGGCACAGGGGAAACUGGAGGCUGAGCUGGAGUCUGCCAAACAUGAACAUCAGCUCAUGUUAAUGAGACAUGAUCUCAUGAGACGUCAGGAGGAGCUGAGGAGACUAGAGGAGCUCCGCAACCAGGAGCUGCAGAGAAGAAAGCAGAUAGAGAUGAGGCAUGAAGAUGAAAGGAGGAGGAGAGAGGAGGAGAUGAUGAGACACAGAGAACAGGAGGACCUGAGACACAACCCAGAUGGCUUCAAACCAAACUACGGGGAUAAUAAGGAACAGGAAAUGAGAGUGGGUGAGCUGGGCCCUCGUGGAGCCAUUAAUUUGGGAGAUGGCUUUAACCAGGGCUCCCCGGGGCCCGCUGGCAACCAGGGCCAAAUGAUGGGCUUGAGCGGACGGGGAGGAGCCAACGGCCCAGAGGGCGCUGGAAAUAUGGGGACCGCAGUGAUGUCAGAGAAUAGAGCCAUGCGGAAAGACCGAUACCCGCAGGCUGGAUCGAUGGGGGGGCGGCCAGAAGUUGAGUCUCCAAAGCCGCAACAACAGCAGCAACAACAGCAGCAGCAGCAACAACAGCAGCAGCAGCUACAACAACAACAACAGCAACAGGCCGCACUGGGCCCUCAAGCCCAAGGGAGGGGGAGUCCGGUCGGGGGGGUCUUCGAUGGGCCGAACAAUAAGCGGCGCAGGUUUUGAACCCUCUCUGAUCGCGGUACUCGUGGAUCUUUGUCCCCCCGAUCUGUGAUCGAUUUGAACUACAGGAUAACGCUUUGGAAACCACAAUCAUUCUCAAGGUUUAUCCACAACAUUUUUUCCCUUUUACGUUUUCGGAACAACGGUUUGCUUUUUAUUUUAUUUUUUUUAGUGAACGGGGACUGUUGUCUUGGAGAUACUUUUCUAACGCAGCUGGAUUGUUCAAUAAAAGACUAAUUUAGAUCGGACUUUAAUUUGAGUCCAAACAAGAAGUUCUGUCAGAACGGUUCUUUUUCCUUUGUGUCAGACAUCCUCCUCCUGCCUCUUCAGUCAUAGAGUGACUGCAGCGGGGCAUCAUGUGAUGGUAAAGACAAAUAAAACGUUUGUAGGAA